AUGGCUUUCAAAAUGGAGCCAAGUCAGCUAAGAAUAGCAGAAAAACUUGUAAUAUUGAAUGAUCGAGCUGCUGGAAUGUUAACUCGUCUCUAUAAUAUCAAGAAAGGAUGCGCGGCUGAUUCGAAAGCUAAACCUCAAUUCCUUCUGGACAAACAGAUGGAUGGAGCGAUUAAACAUAUCAUAAAGAAAUUUCCUGUGGUAGAUACUCGAAAUAACAUGUCGACAUUCUCUUAUGCCGCAUCCAUAAAAGAUGAAAUCAUUCGAUCCCUUUCUCUAUAUUACUACACGUUUGCUGAUUUAAUGGAUUUAAAAGAAAAUAUUUUACAAUUGCUCACAGCUAUGGAUGCCUGUCAAUGCCAAUUAGACAUUAGUCUUAACUAUGAACUGACCGCAGGCUAUCUGAACUUGGUAGUUAACAUGAUUUCUUUAAUGAUUCUCCUCUCCAGAAUUGAUGAUCGUAAAAUUGUUUUAGGACUUUUCAAUGCUGCGUUCGAUUUGACAAACGGUCAGAGUGAAGCUUCCUUUCCUCGUUUAGGACAAAUGAUUCUCGAUUAUGAAUAUCCUUUGAAAAAACUCACUGAGGAUCUAGGUCCCCUGAAUAGAUUAAUGCACUCUGCUCUUGUGUCUUUAUCUCCAGUAUACUUACGUCGAAGUAUUCCCGCGGAUAAUUGGAGAACAGCACAAAUCCUUUCUUUAACAGCAAACCCUCAACAAAUCCUUUUUGCUGCUCAGACGGAUACAAUGGCUUGUGAAUACCUCUCAUUGGAUGUCAUGGAUAGAUGGAUUAUAUAUUGCGGAACUAUCUGCCAUUCUUCACUUUUGAAUGAACCAAUCAUCUAUAAACAAUGGCAACUUUCUUUACAAAUGGGAAUUUGUACUAGAGUUUUCCGUGAUGAAGUUUUCCUCAUGCACACCGAAUUACAACAUUUCUUUGACUCUGUCAAGGGACUUCAUAAACGUUCGCAGGAAGUGAAAGAGUAUUACUCCUUAGCUCUUCAACAUAGGUAUCAACUACAAAGGUUCUUACGGGGUGCGCUCAGAGAGUUAACUUUAUUAAUCAAAGACCAACCAGGUCUUCUGGGUCCGAAAAUUUUAUUUGUCUGGAUGGGUCUUUCUUUCAGUCGCGACGAGGUCCUGUGGCUGUUAAGACAUCUGAAUGAAUGGCCAACAUCAAAAAAAGGUAACAAAGGGGCUGAUGAAUUGAUAGACAAACAACUUCCUGAGCUGUUACAUUAUAUGGAGGAGCUACGGCAAUUAGUAAUUAAACACUGUGGAGUAAUACAGCGAUAUUACCUCAAGUAUGUUAACAGUUACGAUGCGAUUCUGACGAGAGAGAUGUUGUCCACUUUGAGUAAUAUUUCAGAGGAAGAUUCUAUUCUUCUUCACCAUUUCUCCAACUCAAUAUCUAAUAUUAACUCUGACACUGACCUUCGUGCUCUCAGAUUGGAUUGGUUCAGAUUCCAAGCUAGAACAUCUAUGGCUCGCUCCAGCUUCAGUUUGUUGGAUAAUCCGAAAACAGCUGUGAUAAUGAAUAGAAAUGUUUUUCAUUUAAAAAUGGUUGAUCUUCAAGACGAAAUGAUCAAAGAAACUAGUGAUCUAAGCAUUUACUGUUUCUACUCUAGAGAGUUCGAAAGGCAAUGGCAAGCCAGUUUGUCUCUUCCUGCUCAAUCGAGAUAUGCAGUAGUUUUUGCUAGAAUUUGUUCUCAUUUUACGAGCACGUUGCAUGACAUGUGUCCUGAGGAAAAAAGUCAUAUAAUUGAUCGGUCUCUCGGCACAUGCAUCACCAUAUUAGAUGACAUCUGUCGAACAACAACCGAAGUUGUUGGAGCACUUUGUGAAUACGAGCUUCGUCUUGCAGAACAAACCAGUGCAUCACAGGUGGCCCUUAUGAUCGCUCAACAGCUCCAAAAAAGUAAAGGAGGAAAAACUGCUCCCGUUCCGGAUCUUCCAUUACCUGGAGAAGAAAGUUAUAGAACUGAUAGGCAAAAGUUGACAUAUCCCGAUAAACUGCAAACAACUUUAGUGGAGCUUUGUGCCGGACUCAUGCAGCAGAGACAAAUCACUGUUUCUGAUCAUAUUUUUGCGCCGAGAGAAUACUUGUCACAGCACUUGGAGUAUAAGUUCUCUGACAUGAUAAUGUACAUGGCUGUUACUGAUUCAACACCACGUCGUCCGUCAGAGUUAUUGAUGAUUGUUCAAGCCUAUAUGGCUGUUCUACAGAACAUAGACACUUGCAUAACUGUGGAUAUUACUCGUCUCUUCAACAAUGCUCUAUUACAACAAACACAGCCUUUGGAUUCUAGAAACAAAGAAACUUUAACCUUCAUUUAUACUAAAUGGUACUUGGAUGUAGUAUUACGAAGGGCUGCAACUGGAAACAUGGUGUGGAGUGAUCAUUUACAAGCAAUGGUGUCGUACGCGGAUAUGAAUCCAUUCCAACCAGAGCAAUAUACGGAUCCUCUGGAGCUACGUUGUUUGGCCCAACUCAUUGGGCCAUAUGGCGUUAACUAUUUCUCGGAGAGGCUCACCUGGCAUGUUGCUUGUCAGAUAAAUGAGCUUCAUAAGGUUGUUGUUGCUCAUAAGGAUCAGUUGCAUAUGGCUAGAACUCAAUUCGAUAACAUCGAUAAAAUGAAAGAAGUUUUAUCCAUAUUAUGCACUGAGCCUAAAGGACACAAGUCUCAACCGAACUCUAGUCCUGCUGAGUGCAUUUUGCAAAGAACGGCUAUAAUGGGACAAAUUUUUAUGUUCAGAGAUGCACUUCAAGCUGCUUUGCAACAAAUUGUAGAGCAAAGAUUACCUUUCAUGGUUGCUUCAUUCAAUGACUUGUACCAAUCUCUCGAUACGAAUGGAAAAACUAUGGUCGCCGAAUUAGCAGCUGCUCUUGGAAAGAAGUGUACGGUUGAUAUGGCAUUAGUCAACGCCAUGAGAGCUCAAAACUCUCAUUUGCAGCCGGAUGAGUUUUAUUUACUUUCUUGCUUGCUUCUGGUUGCUAUAGCUAUUUCUCUACCUAAGCUAGCACAAAGCGAGAAUUCCAUGUAUAAACCAAGUAUCAAAGGAAGUUUGAAUAAUUCGCACUGCAUACCAUUAGCCAUCACUACUAUAGCGGGAGCUCUGUUUUAUCUUCAUGGACGACAAGAUAUACAACACCGACUCAAAGAAUUCCUGGCGUUAGCAUCCAGUGGGAUUCUUCGCAAUGCACAUGAAAAUGAGGGAAUGGAAGAGGUGUCAAAGCAUCAAGCAGCUCUAUAUAUCAUGCUGGAACAGUUGGUUAUAAAAUCUGAAUGGCUCACCAUGGAUGUUCUGGAAGCAUGUUUCCCUUAUAAUCUAAUUCGAACAGCUUAUCAGUUAUGCUAUGAUCAAGAAAGAGAGUUGUAUGCCUAA